AUGGGUAUGGAGGAUGGCAAAAGAGAAUGUGUGAAAGUGGUUGUCAGAUGUCGUCCAAUGAAUAAAAAGGAAAUUGAUGAGGGCCAUGGGAGGCAGUCUAGUGGCUGUGUGGAAGUUAAAUCACUAGAGGGUGGUUGUGUUGUUUUUACUUUUGACUCUGUUUAUGGUCCUGACUCAUCUCAAAAGGAAUUAUAUGAGAAGUCUUUUUCAGAUAUCGUGCAAUGUGUUAUCUCGGGGUUCAAUGGAACUGUGUUUGCAUAUGGUCAGACUGGUACUGGGAAAACCUUUACUAUGCAAGGUGAAAAAGAUAAUCCUGACUUACGUGGACUUAUGCCGAACUCGUUUGCACACAUUUUCAACUACGUCAAUGAGUCGAAAUCAAUUCAGUUCCUAGUUCGGGCUAGUUAUCUUGAAAUAUACAAAGAGGAAAUACGCGAUUUGCUUAGAAGAAGCCCAACAAAGCAGCUAAAGAUAAAAGAAACACGUGAUCGAGGAGUUUACGUCACAGAUCUUUCAUCAGUGUUAACAAAGAACAUUGCAGAGAUUGAAAAGCUCAUGAGUAUUGGCCGCAGUAAUCGGUCUGUUGGAGCUACGAAUAUGAAUGAACAAAGUUCUCGAUCACACGCCAUCUUUAUAGUGACAGUUGAAAGCUGUGAGGUGGAUCGUGAUGGUCAGAGUCACAUUCGGGUGGGAAAACUUAACUUAGUUGAUCUAGCGGGUAGCGAACGUCAAAACAAGACCCACUCCGAGGGUGAGCGUCUCACCGAAGCUACCAAAAUCAAUCUAAGCUUGCAUACAUUGGGGAAUGUUAUUUCCGCCUUGGUGGACGAAAAAUGCACUCACGUGCCCUACAGAGAUUCCAAACUUACAAGACUGCUUCAAGAUUCCUUGGGAGGUAAUUCGAAGACCGUUAUGGUUGCCAAUAUUGGACCAUCUUCUUAUAGUUAUGAUGAGACGAUAAACACACUGAGAUAUGCUAGUCGAGCAAAGAAUAUUAGAAAUCUCCCCAAGAUCAACGAUGAUCCCAAAGAUGCUCUGCUUCGAGAAUAUCAGGGAGAAAUUCAUCGCCUAAAACAAUUGCUCAGUUCUCGCGACAGACCGCCGAUCCAUCUGAAGUGCGAUGAUGGAGCAAAUGCUGUGAAUUUUCGAUAUGGAGACGAAUCACCAGUUUUUCUUAAAGAUCCGGACGAAUUCUACGAUAGUGAGGAAGACUCUGUUGCAGUCAGAGAUGCUUACCUGAAGGAACAGCAGGAGAAAUUGGCCAUCGAAAAGGAGGGAAUCAUAAACUACCAAAAUAUGAUUAAUGAAGAGAAGCUAUAUUUACUCGAAGAGUUAAAGCGGAAGAAUAUACGAGUAAAGGAGGAGCAGGCACAGACAGCGGAAUUGGAAGCAAAGUUGCGGAGUCUCGAAUCUAAGCUCCUUGGGGGAGGAGCAGAGACAAAGGUACCUGCUGUUGAGGUGCAGACGCGAAUGCAAGCGGAGGCAUUGGCGAAGCACCAUCGCCGUCUGGUCGCUCACCAGCGUCAUGAACAUCGCAUGCGUGCUCGUGUCCGCGCUGAGUCGGACAACGUAGUGACGCUUCAGGAGGGCUUCUCCUCUCUCCGGCAUGAGGUUGAAGUUUACACUUCUAAGUUGAAGAAACUAUUCGAACGCAUCCAGGUCAUCUCUCUUUUCUGCGCAUGUCAAGAAGUCCGAAUUCUUUUGCUAGUGCGAAUUAAACAGGAGACGAAGAACCUACAGGAAGAGCACACAAUUGAGAGGCAGAAGCAAGAGGAAAUUCAAGGGCAAAUUUUGAGGGAUAUGAAGCUGCGUCAGUUGAUACUAGACAAUUUUGUACCGCCUGACGAUAAAAAAAGACUGGAGGAACGUGCAUACUUCGAUGAGGAAGUGGGAAUUUGGCGAUUUAAACCCUUAGAUCUAGUGCCACACCUUACUGAGGGCUUCACCAAGACUACUCCCCUGAUCCCACCGUCUGCCCUUGGUCGGCGAAGGUCAGUCUGUCGAUACGCUCGCAUACUCGGACAACUGAAUACAACUAUACGAUUUCGUGGAGAGAAUGUUCUUCGCCUGGACCUUGACCCACUUCCGCGGACCACUCUGGACUAUCAGCCCCCUGAAUUGGCACCGCAAAUUGUAGCCGCUCUCGAGGCAGCUUUACAAGACGAGGAGGAUCUGGAGCUAGAUGGAAGGUAUGCUUGGACACACUUUCUUAGACUCUCCAAGUGGCACUAUUGCGAUCUGUAUCUGUACUAUUGUGCCUACAAUAUGCCAAUUUACAACCGGAUGUUGUAG